UUCUACCAAAAGUUCUCACUCCAUUUGAUUCUUGAGAUUCAAAGAGAAGCACCAAUAGUAGCGAAGAGAACUACUGAAAAUGAGUUCUACGAGCAGAGCUUGGAUCGUGGCUGCAAGCGUUGGGGCUGUAGAAGCACUGAAGGAUCAAGGGUUCUGUAGAUGGAAUUACACCUUCAGAUCCCUCCAUCAACACGCCAGAAACAAUUGCGGAUCUCUUUCUCAAGCCAACAGAUUUCCCCCUUCUUCCUCUUCUACAAUAACGAUGUCUACGAAGGUGGUUCCGAGCGAUGAAAAAAUGAAGCAAUCGGAAGAAUCUCUCAGAAAAGUUAUGUACUUGAGUUGUUGGGGUCCCAAUUGAGCUCCGAAUCUCUUUACUGCUCACGAUGCGUACCACUCUAGAGCUGUAUUACUUCUAUUUCGUCCAUUCUGUAAAUACUGAUUGAGAGAACAUUAAUUGGUUCUAGAGGACAAAGUAAAAAAGAUAUACACACCAUUCUUAU